CCCCCAGCAGGCUCCGCGAGGCCCCUGCUCCUUUCGGCGCAGGCGCUCAGUGCCGGGGCGGAGCAGCUUUGCGGGAUGGCCGCAUCUGAGGAGGAGCCUGAGGCCUCCACGGAGCCCCUGGACAUCGCGUGCGGCCUGGAGGACGUGCCUGUGAGCGUGUGGCCCCCGGGGGCGUGGCCAGAGCCCUUCCAGUACACGCCCGCGCACGUGGCCGGGCCCGGGGCCGACGUGGACCCUGCGCAGAUCACCUUCCCCGGCUGCCUCUGUCGGUCCCGCCCCUGCGUCCCUGGCGCCUGCACCUGCCUCCGCCAGGCAGAGAACUACGACGCAGACACGCGCCUUCAACUCCUGGGCUCGGUGGCCGGGCGCGCCCCACCCAUCUUCGAGUGCAACGCCCUGUGCCAGUGCCCGGAGCACUGCGCCAACCGCGUGGUGCAGCGAGGCGUGCAGCUGCGGCUGCAGGUGUUCAGGACGCGCCGCAAGGGCUGGGGACUGCGCACCCUGGAGUUCAUUCCCCGAGGCCGCUUCGUCUGCGAGUAUGCCGGGGAGGUGCUGGGGUUCUCAGAAGCGCGGAGGAGAAUUCGGCUGCAAACACCACGCGAUGCGAACUACAUCAUCGCUGUCCGGGAGCACGCAUCCAAUGGGCAGGUGAUGGAGACGUUUGUGGAUCCUGCCCAUGUUGGAAAUGUCGGGAGAUUCCUUAACCAUUCCUGUGAGCCCAACCUGCUCAUGGUCCCCGUCCGGGUUGACUCGAUGGUGCCGAGGUUGGCUCUUUUUGCAGCCAAAGACAUUUUGCCCGAAGAAGAACUCUCCUACGACUAUUCAGGAAGAUUUCUUAACCAAAUGGAUGGCGAAGACGGAGAACGGCCAGACAACGGGAAGCUAAGAAAGCCUUGUUACUGUGGCUCCAAAGCGUGCGCUGCCUUCCUGCCCUACGAUGGCUCCCUGUACUGCGCCCCAGAGCAGGAACCGCCACCGCCACACGUGAGUCAGGGAGGAAAAGCGUAG